AAAAGGAUGCAAGAAACAGAUGAAGGUCCUUUGAAGGCAAAAACUUAAAGACUCAAAACACCAACUUGCUCUUGUUUCUGUAAAUGCUUUGCCAGAACACAAGGCUUUGUCUUAAAACUACAUGCAAGCAUGAUGACAAGACUUAUCUCUUGCUAUGGUUUUCCUAUAUCAAGAAAAGCUGCAUUAUGAUUUAAGAUAACUCAUACUCUAUAUUCACGAACACAAUCAUCAUUUUGGUUUCCUGGAUAAAUGAUGCUGAUGAAGUUGAUUUUGGUUCUCGAGACUCUCUUGGUGGUUCUUUGGAUGGUUGAAUCUUUGGCACUGAAACAAGAGCUAAGCAGAGGGAGCUUUCCGAAAGGGUUUGUCUUCGGCACCGCCUCCUCGUCUUAUCAGUAUGAAGGAGCAGUGGAGGAAGAUGGUAGAGGAAAAACAAUUUGGGACAAGUUUGCUCACUCUUUUGGGAAGGUGAUUGAUUUUAGCAAUGCUGAUGUUGCUGUUGAUCACUACCAUAUGUUUCAUGAUGAUAUAGAACUUAUGGAAGACCUUGGAAUGGAUGCUUUUAGGUUUUCGAUUGCCUGGUCGCGCAUAUUUCCUAAUGGUGGUGGAGAAGUUAAUCAGGCAGGGAUUGACCAUUACAAUAAAGUGAUCAAUGCAUUGCUUGCCAAAGGAAUUCAACCCUAUGUUACACUGUACCACUGGGAUCUUCCUCAGACACUAGAGGACAGAUACAAUGGCUGGCUCGAUCGUCAAAUCAUAGAGGACUUUGCAAAUUAUGCUGAGACAUGCUUUAAAGAGUUCGGAGAUCGAGUCAAGCACUGGAUUACCUUCAACGAGCCUCACUCAUUCGCGAUCCAAGGUUAUGAUGUUGGACUACAUGCCCCUGGUCGAUGCUCCACUCUCCUCCAUUUACUGUGCACGGCAGGAAACUCAGCCAGUGAGCCUUACAUUGUUGCUCAUAAUGUUCUUCUAUCCCAUGCAACUGUGUCUGACAUUUACAGAAGAAAGUAUCAGAGAACUCAACAAGGUUCCAUUGGCAUAGCAUUCAAUGUCAUGUGGUUUGAACCGAUGACAGAGUCAUCUGAAGAUAAAGACGCAACACAAAGAGCACAAGAUUUUCAGUUUGGAUGGUUCAUGGAUCCAUUGUUCUUUGGCGACUACCCAACUUCCAUGAGGACGAGAGUAGGAGAAAGGCUGCCAAAGUUUUCAGAAGCUGAAGGUGCCCUUGUUAAGGGGUCCCUUGAUUUUGUGGGUGUAAAUCAUUACACCACAUAUUAUGCAAAGCACAACUCUACAAACUUAGCUCGGGCCUUGCUUAAUGAUGCCUUGGCAGAUACUGGCGCUAUAACACUUCCCUUCAAGGGUUGGAAGGCAAUUGGAGACAAGGCAUUUUCGAUAUGGCUAUAUAUUGUACCUCAAGGGAUCAGAAGCCUUAUGAACUACAUCAAAGAUAAAUAUGGAAAUCCUUUGGUGAUCAUUACAGAGAAUGGAAUGGAUGAUUUCAACAAUCCAUUCAUCUCCACUGAGCAUGCUCUUAAGGAUAAGAAGAGGAUCAAAUACCAUAGCGAUUACCUUUCCAAGUUGGCAGACUCAAUAAGAGAAGAUGGUUGCAAUGUGCAGGGUUACUUCGUGUGGUCUCUGCUUGACAAUUGGGAAUGGACUUCAGGGCACACUUCGAGAUUUGGUUUGUACUUUGUGGAUUACAAAGACAGGCUUAAGAGGUACCCAAAGAGCUCUGCAAUUUGGUUCAAGAACUUACUGAGAACUGGAUGA